GAAAUUUGUCCACUCCAAUUCCAACCUAUUCCAACAUCUUGAUGGUGCAAAUUAACUUACCUAGUACCUACCUACCUACCUACUACCUAGUACAUAAGCAUUCGACCAAUUCUUAAGGAUCUGCUCAGUACACAGCCUCCAAUAUGGCUGGUGUUCCUGAGAAAGCCAGGUUCUUCCUUGAGCGUGCCGUUCCCCAACUACGCGAAUUCGAAUCCAAAGGAAUUUUCAACGCCAACGAAAUACGUUCCCUCGUACGGAAACGCACCGAUUUCGAACAUCUUGUCCUAUCGCCUGGGAACAAACCCACCGACUGGUUAAAUUAUGCGGCCUGGGAGAAAUCUUUGGAAAAGCUCCGCGCAAAACGAUGUAGUCGUCUACAGAUUCGCACUUCGUCAAAACAUACAGGACAAGGAAGAAUAUUCGGCAUACUAGAACGAGCAGUAAAUAGGCAUCCCGGGAGCAUCGAGCUAUGGAAGGCCUAUCUAGCCUAUGCCAGAGACAUGAAGGCUACUAAGCGGUACCGAAAGGUGAUGAGCAGAGCGUUAAGGAUGCAUCCAGCUAAGCCCGAGCUCUGGGUGAUGGCUGGUAAGAGAUCAGCAAAUAAUGGCGAUAUGCAAGCCGCAAGAGGAUUCUUUAUGCGCGGUGCUAGGUUCUGUACUAGAGACGCCACGGUAUGGCUCGAAUAUGCUCGAUGCGAAAUGGAGUGGUUGGAGCGGAUGGAUGCGAGGAAGGGAAAGAAAGGUGGCGCCGAGAAAGCGCUUGAAGAACAAGCCGAACAAAGUGAUGACGAGAUAAAGCUCAUCGAAGAAAACAGCGAUGAUGAGGAAGCCGACGAAAACGAUCAAGAAAUUCUCCCGGAUCCCGGAAACGCGCUUGGGAAAAAAGUAUUCGAUGAAGACACCGCCAAAAAGUUGGAAGGUAAUCCUGCUCUAGACGGCGCUAUCCCUCUAGCUAUCUUCGACAUCUCCAAAAAGCAGCCCUUCUUCAAAUCAUCCGUGGCGGAGCAAUUCUUCGACCUUUUCGCCAGCUUCACUGCCGUCUCCGCACAAGCUCGCAUCAUCCAGCAUAUAUUGGAUAGUAUGACCGAACUCUUUCCUAACGACCCAGCAACAUGCUUCUGUCACGUUCGACAGCCAUUAAUCAACGUCGAUAUAAACACCGCUUCAUAUCCCAAGGCCCUACGAGAAGCGCUUGUCUGUCUCAAAUCAUCUUUAUCCACAACGACCAACGCUAGCCAACUAGCUGAGAAAACGAAGUUAUGGAUGCAACCGAUACUGGCAUCUGAAGAUCUAGAUCCGGGUAUCCGAACUGUGUUAGAACACACACAGCGAACUUUGCCUAGCCCAUGAAACCGUUCAUUAUUAUCUAAGGCGCAAUGCCCCUAGUCGGAUAGGAUUCCAUCUCACAGCUAACAUGAUCCUACGCUAUCUCGCCGCCUCGUUGCUUUAUUUCGUCCAUCAAAUACUCAAAUUCAGUAGGACUCACGCGACUCACACUUAGCCGAGUUUGUUUGAGCAUCUGCAUAUUCUCGAGCGGUCGUCCCGGUUGGCCCAUAUCGCGAAGCUCCUUCAGCCCAAUCUGCUGCUUGAACUUGCUGCGAAACACGACAUGUACGACACUCCAUUUCGGGUUGUCAGGUUUCGAGCUGGCGUCGUAGUAAGGCGCCUUAGGAUCAUGUGCCGACACUAGGGUGGGAUGAGAAGCCGUCCACAAAACUUGAAAUUAUUGAGGAUGGAUGUACUUACAGUCAGGGGAAUGUUCUUGCACGAUUUCCAUGGUACCUACGAUACCCGGCUCCUUGCAAUUUGAAUGGUAGAAGAAAGCUAUAUCGCCCUUCUUCAUAUCCCUAAGGUUAUUGCGAGCGACAUAAUUACGGAUACCUGGGAAACAUCAUAAGAAUCUAGCUGAGUAUGUUAAAUAGAGAAAGGGUAUAGCAAGUCAUCUUGCUGACCAAACUGACAGAUAGAUAG